AUGCAAUACAACAAGUAUUCAAUGAAUUCCUACCGAAAAUACGGCCGAAUAUACGGAAGUUAUCUGUUUUGCAACAAAUGGCUUAUGAUUAACGACGCCAAACUCAUCCGGGAUAUUAUGGUCAAAGACUUUCACAUUUUCCCCAACAGAUACGACAUGAAUCUGGGGGUCAGUCCGCUCCAGAAAAUGCUGUUUUUCAUGAAAGGGGACGACCACUGGAAACGGAUCCGCGCGAUAGUCAGCCCCGCCUUUACGACCGGAAAGUUACGCUCAAUGAUGGACAGCAUAUCAGGGAUUGCCGACCGGUUUGUCACUAAUUUGGAUACUUUCGCGCGAAACGGCCAAACCGUUGAUAUACGUGAAUACAUGGGUGCGUUCGCCAUGGAUGUGAUCAGCGCCUGUGCCUAUGGUGUGAACGUGGAGUCCAUUAAUAAUCCCAAUCAUCCCAUUGUAGUGAACGCUAGAAAGAUGCUGUCCGUCGACUCCAGUGUCAGUAACAUACUGUCAAUACUGGUGCCGCCAAUAGCUAGGCUUUUUAGGUUGGACCCGAUGGACAGGGAGGCUAUAAACUAUUUUGAUAAACUCACCAAUGAUAUAGUCGCUGAGCGAAAACAUGCUAUCAAAACUUUUCAAUUCAUAGCUAAGAAAAUAACGGAUUUUAUUCAACUGAUGAUCGAUAAUGAGAAAAGUGUCACCAAUUUAGACAUCAAUUCAAACCCAAGUACUGACCACAAGACAGUCGCUGACCACAUGUUGACAUCGGAUGAGUUGACGGCUCAGGGAAUACUGUUUUUCAUCGCUGGUUACGACACGACCAGUGCCUCCCUUUCCCACGCGAUCUACUAUUUGUCGCAAUACAGGGAUUGUCAGCAAAAACUAUACGAAGAGUUGCGAUCUACUAUUUGUCGCAAUACAGGGAUUGUCAGCAAAAACUAUACUCAGAGUUGGCGGCAAUGGACGAAGACUUCA